CCUAGACUCUUUAAUAUUACUUCUAUUAUUACUUCCUGUCAGUGGUGAACGUGGGGGAAGGUUAGGUUAGCAUAACAGUCCAGUGCGAAAUUAAUUACGAAGCUGUCAAAUUGACAGAUGUUUGCUGAAAUAUGUUUUUGGUGAUCUAUCAAAAUUAAAAACACGUCACUCUCAGCCUAGAAUCAUGGAUGAUAAUGACAAUACCUCGCUUGGAUGGGAUUCUCCGUCUCCAGACACCUGCAUCCCUUUCCCAAGACACAAUGCAACGAUUAUUACAGAUGUCUACUCCGGAAUCCCAGAAAAUUUAUUGUUGAAUACUAUUGGUUUCUUGAUAUUAGUACUGAUAUUUGGAUUACUGCGGAAAAGAGCAUGGAACUAUGGGAGACUUGCCUUAUUACAAAAAUCCGAUAAUAGAUGGACUGAAUUAUUUUAUGGGGAUAAUGAUGGUAGAGAAAUUGAUGUUGUGGGUGUCGAGGCUUCCGUUAAUUUCCAACUAGCUCACGUGGACAGGGGAUUCCUAUCAUGGAUCGUCACUGCGUUUAGAAUAACAGAUGAAGAGUUACUGAGACGUGCAGGCCCAGAUGGCUUGCUUUACGUUUCAUUUGAGCGGUAUUUGAUACUGUUGACAGCAUUAAUGACAGCAGCUGCUCUUUGCAUCGCUUUACCAAUUAAUUUUCACGGGAAUUUGCAAGGCAAUGGGACAAGAUUUGGUCACACGACUCUGUCUAAUAUUGAUCCUACUUCCGACUGGGUUUGGGUCCAUAGUCUCCUAAUUUUGUCUUAUCUUCCAAUCGGAAGUAUUAUAAUGAGACGUUUCAUGAAACAGGUUCGAGAUGCUAGACCAGCUGGAGAACUUGCUGCUAGAACAUUACUCAUUACAGAUAUACCAAAGCACCAAUGUAACGUAGAAGCUCUUACUCAAUAUUUCAGAGAAGCAUUUCCUACACUCACAGUCGAAGAUGUAACUCUGGCACACGAUAUCAAGCGGCUCACGGAACUAGACCUUCAAAGAGAUUGUGCAGAGCAAGCAAGGUUGUACUGUGAAAAUUAUGCAAAGCAGCGGCCACCUUUAAAAAUGUAUCCAUAUCCUUGUGGAGAAGUUCUUGGUUGCUGUUGUCAUACGGUGGAUGCCCAAGAGUUUUAUGCACUGGAAGAAUUCAAGCUAACUGCGUUGGUUGAUGAGGAAAGAAAAGCAGCUUUAGCUAGGCCACUAGGAAUGGCAUUUGUUACAUUGGGUACACCAGGUGCAGCUAGAACUAUGAAAAGACAAUUGAGACUAUCUCCGACUAUAAAAUGGUCAGUUAAUUAUGCUCCAGCACCAUCAGACAUAUUUUGGGAAAAUUUAAGCAUAGCUAGACCUUGCUGGUACCUCAAUGCCGUUUUAAUCAAUUUGAUACUUGGUGUCACCUUGUUCUUCCUUACCACACCUGCGGUCAUAGUAUCAGCUUUGAAUAAAAUACCAAUUACAGGAGAAAUAAGUAAUUUGAGUCCCUUAGUUUCCUCCUUCUUGCCAACAGUGAUGUUAGUAAGCGUAGCUGCUGUGAUGCCAGCAUUGGUUGGCAAAAGUGAAGCGUUGGUAAAACAUUGGACUAGAAGUGGUUUAAAUCGAGCAGUUAUGCGAAAAACUUUACUACUGCUGCUACUGAUGGUCCUCAUAUUGCCAAGUCUGGGAUUGACUAGUGCACAAGCACUUUUAAGUUGGACCGUCAAUGUUAGUAAUGGCACAGCAAAUAGGUGGGAAUGUGUAUUUUUACCAGAUCAGGGUGCUCUAUUCGUGAACUACGUAGUGACUGCCGCGCUUGUGGGAUGUGGGUUGGAAUUAGUGAGAUUUCCUGAACUAGCUCUGUACACAUUCAGAUUAUGCGUAGCCAGAAGUCGUGCUGAACGUGUUGCAGUCAGGAGAGCAGUAUUAUGGGAAUUUCCACUUGGAGCCCACUAUGCAUGGCUGUUACUUGUCUUUACCAUGACCACGGUCUACAGUUUAGCCUGUCCGUUGAUAACACCGUUCGGAUUGUUGUACUUAUGUGUCAAACAUCUGGUUGACAGACAUAAUCUGUCCUUUGCUUACGGACCUAGUAUAGGUGGAGGUCGACUUGCUGGAGCAGCUACCUCAGCAGCAGGUGUUGCUCCUGUUUUAGCUCAAACAAGUCUUUUAGCACUAGGUAUAGUGCGUAGAGGUCUUUCUCCGCUUGCUGCAGUUCAGCUUAUUGGACUAGCCAUCAGUGUUUUGGGUCUUGUUACUGGUGCAUCAUUACCCACAUCAAAAUCAAAAAUGCAAACCCCAAGAGGGGAUCUGGGUACGGCACAAAGUUUUAUACCACCAGUAUUGAGAGUAAAACCUAUACCAAAUAGUCCUGUGGAAACUGGUGUCCAGAAUUCGACUGCUACUCUAUCAUCAGAAAUCGUUGAGGAUCUCUCCGAUGUUCCCACUGACUCCAACAUGGUGGUAAUGCAAGAAAGUCCAAGGUUGUAUCAAGAUUAUGGACGGGAACCAAGGGUUUAAUUUAUUCCAGUGGAGAAUUAUUUUUGUUUUGAUUUUUAAAUUACUGUGGUUAUUUUUAAAUGAUUAUUUUGGGAUUCUAUACAUACUAAAUAAUUUUG